CUUUCAUUGCAGCUCCCUCCAAUUUGAACAACAUGAAAGUUAAGUAGGUGAGGUAUUUUGUAGUUUGACCUAAGUCUGUCUGCGUUGUCUGGUGAGAUCCGAAGCACCUUUCACCUUCAACGAAGAUGAUACAACACAACAAGCAUUAAUUUCAACCUUUGUUCACUUUUUUCCCAUCUAUAAGAAGACAUCAAUAAAAUCAACUCCAAAAUGAAUAUGUACUUCAAAGUGAGAUGUGUACUUUACUAUUCUACCCUUCUGACUAUUAUCGUGUUUAUAUUUUUCUUAAAUACCAGUGAAGACAUGGGUGAUUAUGGAUCGGAAGUAAUGAUUAUGGAUUUAGAGGAAUCGUAUACUGCCGCUAGUCAGAGGAUGGUCACAAAGUCAAUGGCAGAGCGAGAAAAAAUGGACGAGAUCAACGGUUAUUUUCUGUUUUUGAAUCAAGUGCCGAAUUGUGGUGGGGAGUUUCUGGUGUUUUUAUUGCAGAAAUUGCAAGGGUUUAACAACUAUAGGCAUGUCAGGAUGAGAAGAGGACCACAGGUUGUUUCUGAGGUGGAUCAAGAUGAUAUUAUCGCCAGUAUGUAUGAAAGGUUGAGAAAUGAAGCCAUUCCUUUAAGUUUCGACAAGAGUGUAUAUUUCAUCAAUUUCACCAGAUAUGAUCGGCAAUCUCCAACCUACGUCAAUAUUAUCAGAGACCCAAUAGAGAAGCUGUCUUCAAGAUCAAUUGAAGGUAGGGAAAGUAGCUUGCUGAAAUGCAUCCAUAUGCAAAGGAAAUGUAUGAUAGGUGAUGAAAUUUAUGAAUUCAACAUCCCAUAUUUUUGUGGUCAAGAUGAAAGAUGCAGGAGUGGAAACAGUGAAUGGGCAUUGCAAAUGGCGAAAAGGAAUGUAGAAAAAUUUUAUCCAGUAGUUGGUAUACUUGAAGACUUAAAUAUGACAAUAUCUGCCUUGGAAAAUAAACUUCCCUACUUUUUUAAAGGUGCAAUACAAAUUUUCGAGGAAAAACUAUCAGUGGUCCUUCCAAAACAUGGCUUACAAAUGGACCCUAUCAAGAAAGACCUACUCAAAAGCGUGUUGAAAACCGAAUACGAAUUCUACGAGUGGAUAAAGAAACGGUUGACGCAACAAAUCAGCAGAUGACCUGAGAUACGAGUAUAUGCACCAAACAUUGCUCACCUGGUAACAUUGUUGUCCUCCAAGAACUUCUUCCUGAGCUCGGGAUCCUCGUACUCCUCCACCAGCUUGUGCUCGAAGGCCCCG